GACGUCUGCCGUCGCAGUCGACCCUGGAAACUCGCCCAAAUUUCAAAGCCUUCUAUAUUAUAUUGAUUUUUUCAAGAAACUAUUAAACAACCCUGUUUUGGGGCUUUAUUUUCGAGUUUAAAGACUGCGGUGGUUUUGGUUGGUGCGUGCGCGGGGCCCUUUUUAUCACGCCACUUAUGAUUUUGGUGUUCGUUUUCCAAGUAACAAACAUCCGUUUGGCAGACCGGCCAAAUACUAAUCGGUUAGGCACGCGCGGCACCGAACUGAACCCGCUCCGAAGAUGAGAUCGAAAACCCCGACGAAACUCUGUUGACGGCAAAACGUACUUCGCACACUGACACACAUAAAUUCUUCCGAGGAGAAACGGCACAAAAUUACCGAAAAAAUCGACGUAGUGUUCCAUUAGGUUAAACGACAUUUAGUUAAGGAUUACACUCCCCCCCGGUUUUCCGUUAUAAAUGUCCGAGUACCAGGGUUGACUCGUCGAAAGGGUUUGUUCCGCACGCCUAUGGUUAUACAGCGGCGCGCGACGUCCAGUCAAGUUAACAGCGGCAUAGUCGCGAUGUCUGCGAUACCGCACGCCAAUGGUACAGCGGCGUCCGCCUCGGCCAUCGCCGAGUUUUACGACAGCAAAACCGUGUUCAUUACGGGCGGUACGGGGUUCAUGGGAAAAGUCCUGUUGGAGAAGUUGCUGAGAAGUUGUCCCGGAGUUUCGAAGAUAUACCUCCUCAUCAGGCCAAAGAGGGGUCAGGAAGCGCAGGAACGGUUGCAGCAGCUCUUAUCCUCUCCGCUUUUCGAUGUAAUCAGAAAGGAACGGCCCGCGGAUUUGAGCAAAGUGCUGCCCAUCGAAGGUGACAUCACGCAACCCGAAUUGGCGAUAAGCGUCGCCGACAGGGCGACGCUCUCGCGAACGGUGAACGUCGUGUUUCACAGCGCCGCCACCGUGAAAUUCGACGAAAAACUAAAACUGUCCGUCACCAUCAACGUGCUAGGCACGCAGCGUCUCGUCGAACUAUGCAAACGGAUGACCAAUUUGCAGGCCCUGAUACACGUGUCGACGGCGUACUGCAACUGCGACCGAUCGGAGGUCAAAGAGAUGGUGUACCCGCCCACCAUCAGUCCGGACCAGAUCGUGUCGUUGGUCGACGCGCUGGACGAGGACCUGGUCGAUCAGCUAACCCCCAAGUUGGUAGGCAACCGGCCCAAUACGUACACGUUCACGAAAGCGUUGGCCGAAUGCUGGUUGAAAGACAACCGGGGCGAUCUACCGUUGGUGAUUGUGCGACCCAGCAUAGUGCUGUCGAGCAUGGACGGACCUUUGAAGGGAUGGGUGGACAACUGGAACGGACCCACGGGCAUCUUGGCCGCCGCGGGCAAGGGCCUGUUUAGGACGAUGCUGUGCCAAAAGGACAAGGUCGCUGACUUGGUGCCCGUCGACAUGGUGAUCAAUUUGAUGGUGACGUCGGCGUGGUGGGUGGCGACCAGCAAACCCAGCGAUUUGCCUAUCUACAAUUGCGUAACGGGUAUGAGGAAACCGGUGACGUGGAACAAUUUCAUCCAGCUCGGUUUCAACUAUUUCCGCGUCCAUCCGUUGUCCGGGGUCGCUUGGUACCCGAACGGCACUGUGACGUCAUGGAAAUCCGUGAACGUUAUCAAUAGGUGCGUUCUGCAGCUGAUUCCCGCCUACGUGUUGGACGCUGUCACGUGGCUGACGGGUGGCAAGCCGAGGAUGGUGAAGAUCCAGGACAAACUGACGAAAGCGGCCACGUGUCUGGAGUACUUUACGACACACGAGUGGCGUUUCGACGACGAAAAUGUGCGAAAGUUGAGUUUGACUCUGAGCGAGGUCGAUCGGAAAGAGUUUUGUUUCGACGUGGAGAAAAUCAACUGGGAGACCUACAUAGAGGCGUACGUUUUGGGAAUUAGAAGAUUCAUCUUCAAGGAGGAUUCGUCCACGAUACCGAAGGCUCGCAAACACAUGUCGCUCCUGUACUGGACGUACCGCCUCGUCCAGCUGAUCGGGGUGCUGGUCACGUGGCACUUUGUAUUCCUGCGGUACGCGCCGCUACAGCGGCUGUGGUCGAACGCUCUCAAGGUCCUGUUGCACUUAGCCAGAACGCUGCCAUUUAUACAGUUCUAAUAAUAACAAAUUAAGAUUAGACGGAUUUAUAAUAUAAACAGAAGAAAUUCAUAAAUAGGGGCUUUGGUAAAACUGUGGACGCGACCGAAGCGUACAACGGAGACAGUUAGUUGGUUUUUUGUCGAAUCCGCUCGGCGUAGGUGGCGCCUCGAGCGUCGACGAUCCGUGCUUCCAUCUACCGAGAGACGCACAACUAACCACGGGACGGGGGAGGGGGAUUUUGCUCAAGCGAAGGUGGCCCGACCAAUCCGAAGCCAACCGGCGACGGAGGGGCCAUCUUACGGCGGACGGGCGCACUUAAUUCGAGCGGAAUAGUAAGCAAGCGCCGUGGCUAUGUCGUGAGUAGUAAUUGUGUGUGGCGAAAGGGGAUGGACAGUUCCCGUUUUUACUGGUCGUCCUUUUUUGUCUCGUUUUUGUAUAAAGUGAUUAUUUAUUGAUUAAUAAAGUACGUGUCGUUGUAGAUUUUUUUUGUUUUUGAAUCGAUCGGUUAGUUUUUAAAACGUAGGCGUCGCUCAUUCCAAAGUUGUUCGUUUAGGAAUAGGUUGUAGAUUGUUCUGGUUGAAGAUAACGCGGAAAGAAAUAUUUUCCCUUCUCCGCCCUUGUACUAGUUUUACACUGACAAGUUUUUGUUCCAAUUUUCGUCGAUUCAGUAAUACCAACUGUAUAGGGCGAGAAUCCCCUCACAAACAAAGAAAAAGAAAUAUAAUAAGCCUGUAAUAAGUUACUUUCGGUUAGUUUAGAAGUUAUGAGUCUUGAUUGAAAUUUGUGUUCUUGUAGACGCUGUUUCUUCUAAAACUAUAAAUUCUACAUGAUGCACAUUUAAAUUUGUUUCGCAGCACUUGCGCAUUGAUCUCUUAAGCCCAUCGUUUCUUUCUAACCAGUGUUGUAUCUCUCUUUCAUCUUAUAAAUCAGCCUUCGAGCAGUAUAGUUGAAAUAAAUCAAGAAGCAAGGUUGGAAAACGAUAAAGGCGCGCAUCUAACCAAUUUAAAUAAAAAGAAAAUUUGUUAACUUAUUCUAAGGAAUUGGUCCUUAAAUGUCAUAUAUUACUCUCCACACUUUUAACACAUAAUUAAAUACUGGAUAUUCGAAAUAUUCGAUUAAUUUCACCAAUUUUAUAAGUUUAUCUUGUUCACUUAUGGCAUCUCUAUGUUUGUUUCCAUUUUCUCAAUUUUAUCAAAACUUUCUUUCGACAUCAGUGAAAUUGUACGAAAGUAGUCAGGGUCGUUUUAUACUCUCUUUUAAGCAAUUUUAACUCUCCUGAAUGUCAUUUUCUAACCAAGGUCUGACGCAUCACCGACUUUCGACGCUAGAUGGCAGCAAUUAUAUAGGCAAGGGCAGUAUUUCUUUUUCUAGUUCUUGUAUUGUAGUUGUUGCUUAAAUAUUUCGGUUAACACCUUUCGAAAGCAACAAAUACAGUCGAACAUAACCUCUAAAUGCUAUAAGUUGGUAGAAGUGUGAAAUGACAUUUUAAGACGUCAAAUAAAUUGGUGGAGCUGUUUGCCAGUGUAAAGUCGGUUUCGCCAAAAACUUCGUAACAGUAAAGCAUUGAACUUGUAAGAUCGGCAAUGGCAAUAAGUGAUUUUGAAAUUCAACAUUGUUGUCCACCUUGGUAGGUUCACACUCUUCAGAACAUUUGCAGAUAUCCCUGCCUCAGUAGCAAAAACAUAGUUUAAAUCGCUACUUAUGCAAAUGUUGAAGGACUCAAAUAGAUGGAAAAAUGUCCAUUAACAAACAAAACUGCAAAAAUCGAUGAAAAAACAAUUGAUUAAUUGUAAAAGCAUAGUAAACUUAUCAACACUGUUAACGUCACGCGUCAAGCAAUCAACACCAUAUAUGAAAUCGUUUUAUCUAUGUUAGUUUAUUUACCUGACAUUUCCAAUAUUGUAUUUUCCUCUGUCUCCUGUACGUAGUAAAAAGGAACAACAAUAGCAGACCUGAUUUUUGGUAGAGUGGCAAAAAAUUUAGUAGUCUGAAGGGAUUUUCUUGGGGAUGACAUUUUCCGUCGAAGCAUUUCUUUCUGCCUUAUUUGCAACAAACAAAGGAUGCCACCCGUAGGAGAAAUGAAGUUCCUACCUAAAUUGCCGUCCUCCACCCGAAUGUUCUAUGGGUUCUAAUUGACAUAUGUCAGAAUAUUUUGAUUCUAUGGUCAUAUCACGGACCACAAAAAUAAAUAGUUUUUCAUUUAAAUUCAAUAAAUUCGGAUUGAGUGCGUUAAAUUUAUCCGUUUCUCCAUAACUGGUGGUAUCAGUAGUCGGAGGCAAUGUUUGAAGUUUCACCAUACUAUAAAAACUAAAAUAAUGCAAAUAGUAAAAUGUAUUAAAUACCUCUUUUGACGGUAUUGUACUUUGAUAACAUUAAAUUAUUAAUUUAGAAAAAAGUUUGGAUUUUUUCGAAUAGCAUAAACCGAAAACAAUCUCCGGAAAAUCGUAUCUCAAAGAUUUAGGGGGCUUAAGAAGGAAACAAUUCACAUUGUUGAAAAAAUGGGCCAGAAAUUAGUCUCGCAUUAGUCUUUCCACUGAACUGUUUAAAAUCGCCGCUAGAGGCGACAACAAAUGUAGUUUUCAAACGCCGCUUUUUAUAGCCCCCCUUAAUUAGUGUUUUAAUUGUGAAAAGUUUUUUUGUAAUUAGAAUGUGGCGCCAAUAUAGCCACGGAACAGAGAAAAAACUAAAGCACACUUUCUGUGGCAUUUUUUU